CUCCUAUGCGGUGGGCAGAGGAGGAAGACAGAGGCAUGUGAGAAACCCAGAGAAUGCAGAAAAAUGGACUAAAGGUGGAUUUUGUCAUCAGAUACAGCAAAGAAAAGGACUAUUUGUAUGUGCUUUGUAUAUGCUGUGUAGCUGUAUUCCAGCAGAGAGGUCUUUGUCUGCAAGAGAAAGGACAGAGGACGGACAAAAUUGCGAGCGACUGUGAAGCUGCUGUGGAAGCCUCUCUGGCAGCUACUCCAUUCAUAACCAUGGUGGACUGCUUCAAAGGCUGUGGUAAUGACGAAGAUGAAUAGAAGCUAAGUGCCACUUCUUCCUUUCACUGCUCUAUCAUAUGCAUGGAUUACUCCUCUCUGUCUAUGCAGCUGUUCCGGAUCCCAAGCAUUUUCCUGUAAGCGGUUUUGGCUAGAGGCUGACCAGGUGCCUAAUACAAACCGACUGUAGGGAGCUGGAGAGAUAUGGUGGGAGAAAAUGGAAGAAUGUUUGUCACUGCAGCUUCACUUUGACCACAUUUGAAGAGUCAGCUUUACUGGAUCAGUCUCUUCAUUUGUUCCUUUGCCCGAUAGGAGCCCUCUUCCUUGUCGGCUUGUUCGAGGGGAUUGGAAUCUAGCCAUGCGAGUCUGAGAGGAGUUGUUGUUCGCCUUGUACUGUCAGUGGGCUGCUACUGCCCAUACUUCAGCAGCUGUGGACUCUUUCCAGUAAGAGUGUGGGCAGCAUUUUUAUUUUUGCCUUUUUUUUUUUUUGCUUCCAGUCUUGUUUUGACUGUUUUGGGAGCGCUAACCAACCCAUUGCCUUUAAUUUCCUUAUAAAUAGAUUGAUGCUUGAGAACUUCCUCUCUUGCAAUUAAAUUAGAGCUAGAAUUAAGCUUGAAGAGUCAAAAAGACUACUAUUUAUACAGCAAGCCACAGCCAAAUGUGGAUGUCUAGAUAGUUUAUUAUUUGUAUUUUUUCUCUGUGGGGAGUGGUCCUGAUGGUAUGAAUGGAAAUGUUUGGACAGAAGCAGUCACUUAGAGAAAGCUUGAGCGAAAGCAAAGGCGGGCUACACAGCCCUGAAUUUUAUUCUAUUUUCAUCCUUUGAGCUGCCAUUUUCGUCAUUAAGUGCCCACGGGUUGUGCAGAGGCUGGAGUUUCCAUAGAAAUCAGUCCUUAUGGGAAUCCGUGUGUAAAAAGCGAGAAGAGCAAGGGAAGUCUAAUGGAGCUGUUCGGUAGUGCUUGUUGAGAUGGGCCAAAUACUUUGUCGUCCUAACAAAGAGAAAAUACAGACAUGCUGUUCUAAAGCAUGUUGUCUGAAUUGCUUUGCAUAAGUAGUGUGCUAGAUCAGACAGAAAACAUCAUGAACACAGGACCCACUACUGAGCUAUGGCUACUCUGGAGAACCACAGUCCUUGAAUGUACAAUAUAAAACCUAUAGUCUGACUGGAAUGCACACAUGGGAUCUGCAUUGUGAAAGAAAAGGCAACACCGACAGUUUUUAAUGAAGAACAAGUCCACAGAAGGAAUUGUCAUAGUUGAAAUCUUGCAUAGGCACGCUCAGACCAUCAAAGUAUGUGGUGUAAAGAACAAUAAAAAGUGCUUUUUCUGCUGUACCGUGACUUGCUCAUUUUAAUUUUGUAGGACAAUCACCCCAGCAUAAAUCUCAAAGCUGCAUGUAAAUUUGAUGAAGAUAAAAAGGAUGAAGUCAUUUUUCAGUAGCACAUACUGAUGAGCCAGCCUCCGUCUGGGAAUUGAACAACAGUUGACUAACUGGGUUAACUCUGCUCCCUCUUCCUACCUGCCUCUGUCUGCUGUCUGCCCAUUCAUGGCAUGUUGUUCCGCACUGGUGCCUCCGCAGUGGUUAAGCUGACAAGUGCCUGUUGAUCUGGUCUUAUCCAGAAUCUUGGGCCAAGGACUUGCUGCCCUUUUAAUAGGGUGGUGAAACAGUAUAACUGAAGUUGAAGAAGGGACGACAGCAGAAUGGAUGACUCAAGUAUUCUGAGACGGAGAGGUCUCCAGAAGGAGCUAAGCCUUCCCCGGAGAGGCAGUUUCUGUCGGACCAGCAACAGGAAAAGCCUGAUAGUGACGUCCAGCACCUCUCCCACCCUGCCCAGACCUCAUUCACCACUACACGGACACACUGGGAGCAGCCCCUUGGACAGCCCUCGCAAUUUUUCCCCCAACACUGCAGCCCACUUCUCUUUUGUGCCCGCCCGCAGUCAUGGGCACAGGGCUGACAGGACGGAUGGCCGCCGCUGGUCACUUGCCUCGCUGCCCUCAUCAGGGUAUGGAACCAACACACCGAGCUCAACAGUCUCGUCAUCAUGUUCAUCCCAGGAGAAGCUGCACCAGCUGCCCUUCCAGCCCACUGCAGACGAGCUGCACUUCCUCACCAAGCACUUCAGCUCUGAGAGCAUCACUGAUGAGGAGGGCAGGAGAUCUCCAGCCAUGCGCCCCCGCUCUCGCAGCCUCAGCCCUGGCCGCUCUCCCAUAUCUUUUGACCAUGAAAUCGUCAUGAUGAACCAUGUCUACAAAGAGCGUUUCCCAAAGGCCACAGCUCAGAUGGAGGAGCGCCUUGCUGAUUUCAUGUCUUCCUCGGCUCCAGAGAAAGUCAUGCCUCUGGCGGAUGGAGUCCUGAGCUUCAUCCACCACCAGGUCAUCGAACUGUCUAGAGACUGCCUGGACAAAUCACGUGAGGGCCUCAUCACCUCCCGCUACUUCUACGAGCUGCAGGAGAACCUGGAGAAACUGCUGCAGGAUGCUCAUGAACGCUCGGAGAGUGUGGAGGUGACCUUUGUCACCCAGCUUGUCAAGAAGCUGAUGAUCAUCAUUGCUCGGCCUGCUCGGCUGUUGGAGUGCCUGGAGUUUGAUCCAGAGGAGUUCUACCACCUGCUGGAAGCUGCAGAGGGCCAUGCUAAGGAAGGCCAAGGCAUCAAAUCAGACAUCCCGCGCUACAUCAUCAGCCAACUUGGCCUCACUAGGGACCCCCUAGAGGAAAUGGCCCAGCUGAGCAGUUAUGACAGUGGAAAUCCAGAAACACCUGAGACAGAGGACUCCUCAGAGAGUCGAGGUGCUACAGUGCAGCCAUCUCAGCCUCAGCCUAAGACCAAAACUCCAAGAGAAGAGGACUUUGAGAACAUCAAACUCAUCAGUAAUGGAGCUUAUGGGGCUGUGUUUUUGGUGAGGCACAAAGAGACUCGUCAGCGUUUUGCCAUGAAGAAGAUCAACAAACAGAACCUGAUCCUGAGGAACCAGAUCCAACAGGCCUUUGUGGAGAGGGACAUCCUUACUUUUGCUGAGAAUCCCUUUGUUGUCAGCAUGUUUUGCUCCUUUGAGACACGCAGACAUCUCUGCAUGGUCAUGGAGUAUGUGGAAGGUGGGGACUGUGCCACUUUACUGAAGCACAUCGGCGCGUUACCUGUGGAUAUGGCGCGCAUGUACUUUGCUGAGACUGUGCUGGCUCUGGAAUACCUGCACAAUUAUGGCAUUGUGCACCGAGACCUCAAACCUGACAAUCUUCUCAUCACAUCAAUGGGACACAUCAAACUGACAGAUUUUGGUCUGUCCAAGAUCGGCCUCAUGAGUCUCACGACUAACCUGUAUGAGGGCCACAUUGAGAAAGAUGCCCGCGAGUUUCUAGACAAGCAGGUGUGUGGCACCCCUGAGUACAUUGCUCCAGAGGUGAUCCUCAGACAAGGUUACGGGAAACCUGUGGACUGGUGGGCCAUGGGUGUCAUUCUGUACGAGUUUUUGGUAGGCUGUGCCCCUUUCUUCGGAGAUACUCCGGAGGAACUGUUUGGACAAGUCAUCAGUGAUGAGAUAAUCUGGCCUGAGGAAGAUGAAGCUCUACCUCCAGAUGCUCAAGAUCUCAUUUCCAAACUGCUCCGACAAAACCCACUUGAGCGAUUAGGAACAGGAAGUGCAUUUGAGGUGAAGCAGCACAGAUUCUUCACAGAUUUGGACUGGAACAGUCUUCUGAGACAGAAAGCCGAGUUUAUUCCUCAACUUGAGUCUGAGGAUGAUACCAGUUACUUUGACACCCGCUCAGAUAGGUAUCACCAUGUAGACUCUGAUGAAGAGGAGGAUACAAAUGAUGAUGAGCAUGUGGAGAUCCGCCAGUUCUCCUCCUGCUCUCCACGAUUCAGCAAGGUGUACAGCAGUAUGGAGCGUCUGACCCUGCAUGAGGAGAAGCGCACUCCUCCUCCCACCAAACGCAGUCUAAGUGAGGAAGGUGCUGAGCGCAUUGACAGCCUCAGUGGCCUUAAGUCUCGUGAUCGCAGCUGGCUGGUGGGCUCACCUGAGAUCCUGCGUAAACGCCUCUCCGUGUCAGAGUCUUCACACACUGAGAGUGACUCCAGCCCCCCGCUGACAGUGCGGCGCCGCUGCUGCUCAGCCAUCAUUGAGAUGCCUCGCUUUGCCAUCUCCAGCGAGGAGGAAGGUGCAAGGAAGAUUACAGUCAGGGGGCCACGCAGCGAAGAGCUACCGUCCGCCAUCCCAGAAUUACCUGUAGAGAGGGAGCUCAAACUAGAUGAGUCUCCAACCACACCAGGGUCCACCUCCAGCCAAACUAGCCGAGCCACACUCACACCUGGUAGUUCUGGUGAUGUUGGGGAUAGAGGCUCUCCUCGUUGUAGCAGUACAGAUGGAGCAGAUAACUCCACUCCAAAAGCCAUCAGUGACCUAGCCGCCCGCAGAGCUCGCCACAGACUUCUGUCAGGAGACACAGAGAAACACACGUCAAGACCCCUCAACAAGGUCAUCAAAUCAGCCUCAGCCACCACUCUGUCUCUUAUGAUUCCUGCAGACCACCAUGGAGCAUCUCCUCUUGCCAGCCCCAUGUCUCCACACUCUCUUUCCUCCAACCCCUCAUCUCGGGACUCUUCUCCCAGCCGGGACCUUUCCCCUGCUGUCUGCAGCGUCAAACCCGCCAUUGUUAUCCACCGAGCGGGCAAGAAGUAUGGUUUUACUCUGCGGGCCAUCCGUGUCUACAUGGGAGACACAGACAUCUACACCGUACACCACAUGGUCUGGCAUGUGGAGGAAGGAGGACCAGCUCAUGAGGCAGGUCUAAGAGAGGGAGAUCUCAUCACACAUGUUAACGGAGAGCCAGUCCAUGGCCUUGUACACACUGAAGUUGUAGAACUCAUCCUCAAGAGCGGUACGAAGGUGUCUAUCUCUGCAACACCUUUCGAGAACACGUCAAUUAAGGUGGGUCCCGCCCGCAAAACCAGCUACAAGUCUAAAAUGGCCCGACGCAACAAGAAGACGAAAACCAAAGAGGGACAGGACAGCAGUAAGAAGCGGAACUCCCUGUUUAGGAAGAUCACCAAGCAUGCGUCCCUCCUUCACACCAGUCGCAGUCUGUCAUCCCUGAACCGUUCUGUCUCCUCAGGAGAGAGUGUGCCUGGCUCUCCCACACACAUGUCCCCUCGCUCCCCUACACAGGGCUACCGCUCCACACCAGACUCUGCUCACUCUGUUGGUGGAAAUUCCUCUCAGAGCAGCUCUCCCAGUUCCAGCGUUCCAAACUCUCCUGCCAGCUCUGGCCAGAUCCGCCCGAGCUCCCUGCAUGGCCUCGCCCCAAAACUACAGCGCCAGUACCGCUCCCCUCGCCGCAAAUCUGCUGGUAACAUCCCCCUCUCACCACUAGCCCGCACACCAUCCCCAACACCCCAGAGCACUUCCCCUCAGCGCUCCCCUUCACCUCUGCCUAGCCACCCACUGGUCAGUUCCUCCAUUGGCCAGUCUUUCCCUGUCAAGCUUCACUCUUCUCCUCCCUUGGUGCGUCAGAUCGCCCGGCCGAAGAGCGCAGACCCCCCUCGCUCUCCACUCCUCAAACGUGUGCAGUCUGCUGAGAAGUUGGCGGCCUCUCUCUCUUCUUCGUCGUCAUCUCCCUCUCCCUCCUCGGCGGGAGAUAAGAAGCUGCCUGUGGGUGCUAGCCGCAAGCACAGCCUAGACAUCUCUCACUCAGAAUUUAAGAAGGAGAUGCUCCAGCGGGACCCAAGCCUACAGAGCCUGCAGGAGUCCGCUAGUGAGACCCUGCUGGGAGGGAGGGUGUCUCCAGCAGAGAAGGGCAGCCUGCAGAAGCACUCAGCCCGCAAGCUGAGCAGGCAAGAAGGCCCUGACUCCGGAGCAGGCUCUCUGGGGUUGGCUCCUGGCAAGAGCAAGCUAAAGGACAAGCUGUCCGCUAUCCGGCAGGACCGUGCAGAGCGCCGAGAGUCUCUGCAGAAACAAGACGCCAUCCAUGAGGUGGAUUCGUCUGAGGAUGAGACAGAUGAGGGGUCGGAGGAUAGUCAAGAUGGACGCAGGACAACUUUUGUCCAUCCUAGCCACGUACUUCGGCCCACGACUGUGAUGGGAUCGCCCCAUGCUAUCAGGAUGGGGCCUGCUGCUUUACCCAGUCUGUCUGUGACUCCUUCCACAGUAGCUCAGCCAGGCUCUCCUCAGCUCAGUCAAGGACUACCGGCCCAACAAACUCAAGCUAUAUCUCUGGUACGGCCACAGGCCGAAGCCAAAGCUUCAGGGCAGAAACUUAGCCAGACCCCAGUAUCUACCCCCACUCCUGCCUCUACCUCAACACUAGCAGAAAAUUCCAGCGACAGAGGGGGAAUGAUUCCAGAUUCUUUGUCCAGUGCUAAAACUAGCACUCCUCAGCCAAGCCCUCUAAUUAGCACCUUUUCUACUCCUGGCAGUGCGUUUACCACUGUCAGCAAGGACCCCUUCCUCAAACCCACAGCACCCCCUCUAGACCGGAGGACCUCCAAAGCUGCUGAGCCCAGGGCCAAAGUGAGCAGCAAGCAAGAGCUCAGCACAGUGCCAACAGUGGCCAGAGAAUCUCCAGUGUCCACUACGCCAACUGGAGGCAUCACCAAGGAGAUGAAGGAGGCGGACAACCGGAGGCAAGCAGCUGCUGCAGCUGCUGCUGCUGCCGCCGCGUCUGCCACCUCUACACCCACUGAGAGCGGGGUGGAUAAAGUGGUAUCUCAGCUGGCUACGGUGGCCAAGAGUGUGCUGGGCCCAGUGAAGCUCAACAUACCAGGGACCAAAGAAGCCCAUGAGAGGAGCAAGGAGUCAAGGCCCCAGGCAGAAGCACACCCAAAAAGCAAAGAGCCUCGUUUGGACUGUUCCGGAACUCCGGACACAAUGUUUCCAUCUGUAACUUCUGCCUCCCAAACAGGGCGAGUGCCUGAAUCACCCUCUAGGCAGCCAUCUACCAAAUCUGAGCCACCCUCCACUUCUCAGAGGCCCCUGGAGCUUCCAGGAGCUUCAAAGAGGCCUUCCAUCCCAAAAGACAGCUCCCAAACCACAGGAGAGCCACAGGACAGGCCAGGAACUCCACGCAGCAGCGCCCCCCUGAGACCUGGACCUGAAGCGCAGUCCCAGAGCCAGGCCAAACCCACCUCCGCGCCACAAGACAAAUCCAACAAGAAGACGUAGCAGCCUUGCACAGAAAAAUAACAAUUAGAAAAACUUAUUUCAAACCUCAACACUUGCAUGUUUGAAAAUUUAAAAAAAAAAGCGAUACUCUCAGUCCACACUAACCGUGAAAGGAAAGAGGUAAAAGAAGAAGACACAGACAAGGGAGUCUAGCAACUUGAUUCUGGAUUGUUUAUAUACUGUGUGAUUCAUACUUUAACAGGGGCUUUGUAUUGUUUUUAUUUUUUCCCUUUAUGCUUUUUCACAAUAUUUGCUUUUAUUAAGUUCACUUUUUUGUCGAAAAAGGAAAUUAUGGGGCUAGAAAUAAACAGUUCAACGAGAAAAUUCAUACUGCCACAUUCAGUACCUCUCUGUAUGAUUAGGCUCUCUGCUUUUUCUGUUAGAGUUCUCGUUGUGCCUUAACAGACUUCAAACUCACCUGUUAAGCCUCUCUGCUGUUCAUUCAUGGGGGGUAAGAUGUAUCUCAGCAAUAAAAGUAGCGUAUGCUUAGCAAUUUGUAUAAAAACAUCAACUUAAUGUCGUAGCACCCUACAAUAGUUGGCUAAAAAUCAAACCUCAUUUUCCAUUUGUCUCUCUAACACUGUUUUCAGCUUCUAGGUACUAAGUUGCAUGUUUUGGGAGACUGGGACACUGUCAUCUUAUGUCAUAGUGAGAGCAUAAAAAACAGGCUUGUUAUCUUAGACAAAAAAAUCCAUUUUGAUUUCACUUCCCAAAAAGAAGCUUAAAUACAACAUGUUGAAAACAGUAGGUUUCAGAAGUCGGAAUGAAAUUUUAUGUUCUGUGAAUUUAAUUAAUUGAAGUCUACAUUUCUUUCAUUUGCCCAUCUUGAGCCCAGCAUAUAAAUCUUGAAAAUAUGUCUGGCAUUUACUGUCAGUUAUUAGUGAUAUUUAAAUUACUGGGCAUUUGUACAUGCUGGAUGUAUAGAUGAAUGUAUGUGGUAGAGUAGUGUUGAUGGCAUGUGCUGGUUACUGUCUGACUUUAAUGCCUGUACACAUGGUGGUCACACUACUGAAAUGCUUUUGCAAGGAACCGAAAAUGUUCUGUUUUUAUUUCUAGCCCCUGCUCUCUUUUUUUAUCAAUAACAACUAAUUGUUCUUAUUUUUAAUAUCUGGACCAACUUGCUGUGUUCUUUCUGUAUAUUAGCCAAUAAUCUUUUAAGUUUAGAAAACGUGUACAUGCUUGUUAAUGAUUAAGUGUGUGUGCGUGUGUGCGUGCGUGCGUGCGUGUGUGAGAGAGUGUGUAUGUAUGUACUUAUAUAAAUGAAUAUUUAAAGUUCUGUUGUGGUGUCAGUUUUAUAACCAGUGGCAUUGGGAGGGUGUCUUAGAUUAGUGUCCUGUCUUUGCCAUGUUAGCUUUGUCUGAUUUAGCCUUUUUUGUGAAAAGCAGGCGAAAAUGUAUUUGCACAAUCCCUUUUUACUUUGUGUCAUAUAAAUAUGAAAACUAAUAAAAUACAGUCCAAUCAGAUCCCCAGGCUUUGUUGGGGUCUUGAGGGGUUUGAACAAUCAUUUAACCCCUUGUCAUAUCAUAUUGCUACUGUACAUUGAUGUGUUCACACCACCAUGCGUUCAAAAAAUGGUAGAUGCCUGUGGAAGCUAUAGGUCUCUCUUGUAUUGCCCUUGUUCACAUCUUCACAGCGUACUGAAUGCUUUUUUCUUUUGCCUUUGAAUGUUACCUAAUGAUUAGUGAAUAUUCCUAGUGAAUAGUCCAGUGUUAAACAGGGAUAUUUUGGUGUGAUGUUAAAUAUCCUUUCCAAUCCAAGAGAAUCUCUUGAUUUAAGACCAGUCUUGAAAGUCACCUUCUUUAGUGCCCCCUGCAACCCUGCUUUAUAGAUUUCUGCCCACUUCCUUUGGUUCUCUUUAAUUAUGACCCAUAGUGGCAGUUAAAAUCACAUGAUGGUAUGUACAGUUAUGCGCUACAUUCAUAAAUGUUCCGUCCAUAUGAACUGUGAAUGGAGGUCUUGCACAUUUUAGCAUUUUUAAAUCUUAAGUAACGGAAAGCUGUUGAUAGCCUUUUGAGCCUGAAGCUUGAUUCCUGACCUUGAACACCAUAGUUCAGCUUGUGAAUUACAGUACAAUAUGGGCACCACGCGAGAGAUUUCACACACUUGAUUGUAUUGAGAUGCCAUUUUUCUGUAUGUACAGCUACAUUUUGUAGUAGUGUGUAAGAGUAGAUUGUUAAGGAGGAUGCUUAUCUGUCAUGCCCCGAAGUGGCUCUUUUAUGGCUCCACAGCUUAGUAAAGGCUGAAUCGCUACACACAACAAGCUAUAAAACACUGUCCCUUCCAGGGGGUCGUUAAAACACAAACCUCUGAGCAAGCUUAACAGUACCCUUCACCUUAAAGCUAAUUUCACUUUGACUAGACUAAAAGUAGGGAGAUACACCUGCAAUGGGUGAAGUUUGGUAGAAUAUGAUUUAAUAGAAAAAAAAAGUAUAUUUUGAUGUAUGCGGUGGUACAUUGUUAGAGCGUAUGGCAGGUCAGUGAAUGGCUGGUUUAUUGUCUCUUAUAUUACAAGGACCUCACAAAGGGCCAUGUUGUCUAAGAGAUUUGAAUGAAAUUAAAAGCAGCAUUGUCAUAGCAAAAGUCUGCGUAACACUUCGCUGUAGGGUAGGGUUCUUAAGGCUACAUGACAUCAUAAGCCUUUCAUAACGUUUGACCUAUAAAGGCUUAUUCCAGCAAUGUGUUGGUGCAUAUAACACUUUCUGGUAAAAUUGACUAAAGCAGCCUUUAUGACAAGCAAUGCUUGUUUGAAUGAGCCUUCAUAAAUGUUAGUAUAGGUUUUACAGUUAGCUUUACGAAUACCGUCCUUUGGUAAAGUGUUAACAAGUCAGCUUUUUAGUUCUUAUCUUGUGGUUAAGCAUUACAAUUGCAUACUAUUAUUGCGGCGUAUAAGCCAGUUUUCUUAAGUACAGCUAAAAUAUACGUAUAUUAAGAGCUAGAUUUAGGAGAUGGUUUUGCUCUAAAUUAAUUGACAUCUAUAAAAUGUUAUGUAUUGAAACUGAAGGGUAAUUUCACUCCAGUGCAUGCUCAUAUGAAGACUGACAGUGAUGAUGGUUGGGCUAUUUGUUGGGAUUUAGUAAACGGUAAGAGUCUUGAGGUAGCCAUUCAAGUCUUGCAGCCAUAUCCCAUUUGAACAGUCAUCUCUGCAUAACAGCAAGCCACUAGAGCAUACACAUCGUUGACUCACUGUUGCUGAAAAUCAGUGAAUACACAUAUAACCACUGACUGACUAUGCUCCCUAAUGCCCUUUACAUGUACAGAAUUCACAUGCUAGUAAGAACCUGUCUAGUGUACAGAACGCAGUCAGUCUUGCAGAGCUGGAGCUAAUUACAUUUAAAAGAGCACCAAGGCUGCUGCCACAGUCACAGUAUUUAGUAAAAUGGGAUCAUGACUGGACAGAGCAGGUGCUCAGCCGAAGCAGACUUCUCCAGAAUGUGGUGGAGUCCAUAGUAGAUAUCUUGCGUUGUCUGUGUGUAUGCUGUGUUUGUCCUCUGGGGCUGAGAUGGACAGGGGUUGUACAGUAAGGAAUGAACAGAAAUGGGCUGAGGAAGAAAAAAAAAUGCUAGUUAAACCAGUGCAAUAUCUUUUUAUUUUCUGUUGUGGUAAGACGCAUGUUUGUUGUAACUCCUUACUCCUUCCUUAUGGACAAUAAAGUUUUUUUUUUAAGGAAA